GAAGCCGGCAGAGGUUGGCGCUGGGGAAGUGCACCCUCUUCGGCUCCCUUCGCUGGGUCCGGUGCCGGCCCCGGCGCUUCCGGACGCGCGAUCGGAGAGCGUGGCUCGCCCUAGAGGGAGGGAAGCCCAGGUAUCACCAUGGCAACCGCCAGCCUUGCGGCCGCGUGACGUCAUCCUCGCUCGGCUGUAAGCGGCCUCUGCGGGAGGGAGCUGGGGAGUCCUCGGAGGGGGCGCCCCUCGCCUCCUUCAGUGUGGGGCGGUUCCGCCCUCAUCCCUUGGAGGGCUUUGUUCUUUUGUUCCGGUCUGGGAGGAAGGGCCGGGAGCGGGCCCCGCCCCGCCGGUCCACCUUCCAGCGUUUCCACCCCGCAACAGGGCUGCCCGUCCUGGCCGUGUAAGGGCUCAGCCCGCACGGACUUCUGGCCGGACACCCGAGCCCCCCAGACCGAGGCCCCCGCUGGAAGGACGCCGCUUGGGAAACCCUGGUGUCCAGGCUCCGGAGGAACGGAAUGAGCUCCUGAGAUGGAAGAUCUGACCUCCUCGGAGCCCGGCCUUCUCCCGGGGGCCCAUUCUCUCCUCUCAUCAGCCAGUUUUCACGAAUCCGUGACCUUCAAGGAUGUGAUUGUGGAUUUUACCCAGGAGGAGUGGAAACAGCUGGACCCUGGACAGAGAGAUUUGUUCAGAGAUGUGACGCUGGAGAAUUACACACACCUCGUCUCUAUAGGACUCCAAGUCUCCAAACCUGACGUGAUUUCCCAUUUAGAGCAAGGGACGGAGCCAUGGGUGGUGGAGCCCGGCGUUCCGGGAGCUGCCCGUGGGGACCGGGACACCAGACUGGAAAAGAGCCGCAUGGUCCCAGAGCUGGACAUGUCUGAAGCAAGUCCGUGUCAGGGGGCAGUGGCGGAAAACGACAGGAGGGAGGACCCGUGUGGCUCUGACUCAUCAGCGCACUGGGGGUACGACGGCGGCCGGGGGAAGCGCCAGGCUCUCCAACAGGUGCUGCCGGGAGAAAGAAAAAUGACCGAAAAGACAGUACCCCCUUGGGAGAGAGGCCCCGUGAGUAAGGACGCUGAAAGAAGCCUCAGUGUGAGCUCAAACCUGGGCCCACAGGAAACAUCGGUGGAGACCGCCACCAAGACGAGCCGCAAGCAGAACGGAAACCCAGUCAGAAAAGAGAAGUCCUGUAAGUGCAAUGAAUGUGGGAAAGCCUUCAGCUACUGCUCGGCGCUCAUUCGCCACCAGAGGACGCACACUGGGGAGAAGCCGUACAAAUGCAACGAGUGUGAGAAAGCCUUCAGCCGGAGUGAAAACCUCAUCAACCAUCAGAGAAUUCACACUGGAGACAAACCCUACAAAUGUGACCAGUGUGGAAAAGGCUUCAUUGAGGGUCCAUCUCUGACUCAACAUCAGAGAAUCCACACUGGAGAAAAACCCUACAAGUGUGACGAGUGUGGGAAAGCCUUCAGUCAGAGGACCCAUCUUGUGCAGCACCAGAGAAUCCACACUGGGGAGAAGCCGUACACGUGCAAUGUGUGUGGAAAAGCCUUUAGCCAGAGAGGCCACUUCAUGGAACAUCAGAAAAUCCACACGGGAGAGAAGCCUUUUAAAUGUGACGAAUGUGACAAAACCUUCACCAGGAGCACGCACCUCACUCAGCAUCAAAAAAUCCACACUGGAGAGAAGACCUACAAAUGCAAUGAAUGCGGGAAGGCCUUCAACGGGCCCUCGACGUUCAUUCGCCACCAUAUGAUUCAUACGGGCGAAAAGCCCUACGAGUGCAACGAGUGCGGGAAGGCCUUCAGCCAGCACUCCAACCUCACGCAGCAUCAGAAGACGCACACCGGCGAGAAGCCGUACGACUGCGCCGAGUGCGGCAAGGCCUUCAGCUACUGGUCGUCGCUCGCUCAGCACCUGAAGAUCCACACCGGCGAGAAGCCGUACAAGUGCGCCGAGUGCGGCAAGGCCUUCAGCUACUGCUCGUCGCUGACGCAGCACCGGCGGAUCCACACCAGGGAGAAGCCCUUCGAGUGCGGCGAGUGCGGGAAGGCCUUCAGUUAUCUCUCCAACCUGAACCAGCACCAGAAGACGCACAGCCAGGAGAAAGCCUACGAAUGUAAGGAGUGCGGGAAAGCCUUUAUCCGGAGCUCAUCUCUGGCCAAACACGAGAGGAUUCACACUGGCGAGAAGCCCUAUCAGUGUCACGAGUGUGGGAAGACCUUCAGCUACGGCUCGUCUCUGAUUCAGCACAGGAAGAUCCACACGGGAGAGAGGCCAUACAAGUGCACCGAGUGUGGGAGAGCCUUCAACCAGAACAUCCACCUCACGCAGCACAAGCGCAUCCACACGGGAGCGAAGCCGUACGCAUGCGCCGAGUGUGGCAAAGCCUUCCGGCACUGCUCCUCGCUCGCCCAGCAUCAGAAGACUCACACGGAAGAAAAGCCCUACCAGUGCAGUAAGUGUGACAAGGCUUUCAGCCAGAGCUCGCACCUGACUCAGCACCAGCGGAUCCACACGGGGGAGAAGCCCUAUAAGUGCGGCGAGUGUGACAAGGCCUUCAGCCGCAGCACGCACCUGGCCGAGCACCAGAGCGCGCACUCGGGGGCCAAGCCGCAGCCCUGCGAGUGCAGGAAGGCCGCGGGCCCCAGCGCGCACCCUGGCCAGCACCACAGGGCUCCUGCCGGGGAGAAGCCCUUCCGGGACCGCGCCGCGCUCCACAAGCACCAGAGGCUGCACCCUGGCAUUUGACCCGCAGCAGCAUCCCGGACACGUCUACGCUGGCCUGUCCUCCUGUGAAGUGCUGACGGCUCCGUGAGAAACUGCCUAGAAGAUUUUAACUUCUCACGGUCGCACUAUGGGAUGGAAGGGCCAUGGGGCUAAAGUAAUCCGGUGGUCUUCAGGCAACUCUGGGACCAUGGGAAAUUCGACCGUUUUAGGCUUCAUUUGGCUCUGUGAAAGAGGGGUUUGGAGUGGACGGGUUGGAAGGUGGUUUAGAAUUCUCUAUUCCAUUUCUGUGGUCGCAGUGUGCUCCUGAGCAGGGCUGCCGCGAACCAGCGCUGCGCUGUGGCACCUCUAGAGUGCGUGUGCUUAUGCAUGUUUUGCCAGUAGCAAGCAUUUGUGCUUCGGUGACUCAGCUGGGGGCCCUUUACCUUGUUCUAAUGCAUUUAAAUUGAUUAACAGUUCCUAAUAAAAAUAAUUGUAAAGCAUUCUUAACUUAA